AUGUCCGAAACUGCUCCCGCCGAGACUGCUGCUCCGGCUCCCGUGGAGAAGUCUCCCGCCAAGAAGAAGACAGCCAAAAAGGCUGGCGCGGCAAAGCGCAAGGCCACCGGUCCCCCGGUGUCCGAGCUCAUCACCAAGGCUGUGUCAGCCUCCAAGGAGCGCAGCGGCGUGUCCCUGGCCGCGCUCAAGAAGGCUUUGGCUGCUGGUGGCUACGAUGUGGAGAAAAACAACAGCCGCAUCAAGCUGGGGCUCAAGAGCCUGGUGAGCAAGGGCACCCUGGUGCAGACCAAGGGCACCGGCGCCUCCGGCUCCUUCAAGCUCAACAAGAAGGCGGCUUCCGGGGAGGCCAAGCCCAAAGCCAAGAAGGCAGGCGCGGCCAAGGCCAAGAAGCCUGCAGGUUCCACCCCGAAAAAGCCUAAGAAGGCUGCGGGGGCAAAGAAGACCGUGAAGAAAACUCCAAAGAAAGCAAAGAAGCCUGCGGCGGCUGGUGUAAAGAAAGUGGCCAAGAGCCCUAAGAAGGCCAAGGCUGCAGCCAAGCCUAAAAAGGCAGCUAAGAGUCCGGCAAAGCCCAAGGCUGUGAAGCCUAAGGCAGCCAAGCCUAAGGUUGCCAAGCCUAAGACGGCUAAGCCUAAAGCUGCUAAGGCGAAGAAGGCUGUUUCCAAGAAGAAGUAGGUUUGCUUCUGAUAGCAACAAAGCCCCAAAGGCUCUUUUCAGAGCCACCCAGA